AUGACCACCCACAAGCUCUCUCCGACUUGCGAGUCACAUGCGUCGCUGAUGCUGAAGGAGACUAUCCACAGACCCUUUGAUCUAAUGUCAGAUAUACUCAGGCCUAUCUGGCUCCGGGUGAUCAAAGACGAACGCUACAAUCUCAGACGUCGUCUCUAUGACAGGGCAAGAUUAUAUGAGAAGCAUAGGCCAAGCAAGUGCAACAUCCAAAAAGACUGGAUCAAGCGCUACAAGGAGAACGAGGAGCUACAGUUCGCCCUCCUGCAGCGGAUUAACUGUCUGGAAAGGGUCAAAUACAGACGUGGUAUUGAGCCAGAAAAUCCCUUCCAGCAUGUCCCGGGGCCCGCGGAUCCGAAACGUCAAGUCUCCCUUGCAGAAGAGCAUUACUACCGGUGCCAGAAGGCAUGGAAAGCGUUGACCCUUGACAAACCAUCUGGUCCUAUCAUCGACGAGUUUGACUUCCUUCAGCAUCACAGAAACGAAGAGGGCCAAACUUUGGCAUGGGAGGAGGACAAGCUCAUGUGCGCCUCGCUUGGUGGCUGUUGCGGUCGCAGAUGUAGAUGCUGUGAGAGACCUCUGCGGCACUAUCUCUUGCCCGAGGGCGGCCAGAAGGAAAUGAUUGGAUUUCAUGGCCACUGUACUGCCGAAUGUGGCUGCUGCAUGCGUUAUCGAGGAUUCUACCGACCAGACUCACGCCUCAAAGCCCUUGAUCCCGAACUGGCAUCGAAUAUUGCGGAAUAUUACCACAGCUCAUACGUUGGCGAUAACUAA